GCUAGGGGCGUCCCCGCCCGCUGGAUGCGCCCCGGGGCCGUGCGGGAGCGCUGCGGCCGCGCGGGGAGGAUUUACCGCGGCCAUGGACGACAAGUACCUGCCCGAGCUGAUGGCGGAGAAGGACUCGCUCGACCCGUCCUUCACCCACGCGCUGCGGCUGGUCAGCCAAGAAAUUGAGAAAUUCCAAAAAGGGGAAGGAAAGGAAGAAGAAAAAUAUAUUGAUGUAGUGAUUAAUAAAAAUAUGAAGCUGGGACAGAAAGUGUUAAUUCCCGUAAAACAGUUCCCCAAGUUCAACUUUGUGGGAAAGCUUUUGGGUCCACGUGGCAAUUCACUGAAACGUUUACAGGAAGAAACCUUGACAAAAAUGUCUAUAUUGGGAAAAGGUUCCAUGAGGGACAAAGCAAAGAAAUGGGAAGGCUGUAUUUUCACAUACCGGUGUCCUAACUUAUAUUGUGUGGGAAUAUGA